ACACCCAUCUUCAAUGAUCACACAAUGUCACAAUGGCAAGGAUAGCAUCUAUGAUCGCUAGGCUAACACCUCCUGUCAUCGUACAGGGAGAUAUCUUGCCUAGCUUCGGUCGAAUAUGCAGAACAAACCAUGAAGGCAAGGCGGAAGAGACUAUACCAUUCUCACAAGCUAAUACAAGCUUGAAAGACUUGGCACCUAUUCACAAUCCAACUCUGGAAAAGAUCGUCAAUUCUGCCUUGAAACAAGACCGAGUGAUAUUCUUUGGUGAACAACAUCAUCAACCAAAAGUGCUUUCCUCACAAUUACAGGUCAUCCAUCAAAUAUGGCAUUCAGCACGAAAGAGAGCCGAGGAAGAUUCAAAACCCGAACCAAAAUUGCACAUCGUCUUCGAACAAUGGUCAUUGGAAGAUCAACCUUUUCUGCAUAAAAUAAACAAAGCACAAACUGAAGAAGCGAGUGAACUCUUUAGCAAGUCUGAAGAAGUUACCUCUGAGGGAUUUUCCUUUAAUCAUUAUGCUUUAUUGAUCAAAUUGGCCCGAGAGAUGGGGGCGAAUGUUUGGGGUGGCUUUCCUCCCAGAACAUGGGCAAGAAUCAUCGCAAGAGGGGGAAGCGUUGAAGGAGAUCAUGCAGAGAAGCCAAGCAAAGAUUCUCAUGUAGCAUUUGAUGAAAUUCAAAAAUUGGAUCAAGAACGUUUUGAAGCUUCUUUGUCAGCGUUGAACUUGGCUGAGAAGGACGCAGAGACGAAACAAUUGCUAAUUCCUCCGCUCUCAACAGAGCAGUAUAAGCAGAUCGGGCAAGUAUCCUGGGCUCACAGAACGUACCUCAAAGGGAUGUUUGCGCCAGAUAAAAGGCCUUUGAUUCCGAGUGAAGCAACAGCAGGUCAAGAUAAUCCUCUGGAACGAGUGGGUUUCACACCUGCACAGGCAUUGAAAGACACCUUCUUUGCGCAUACGAUUUCGACGAUUCUUGAACGUGACCCAAACAAUAUUGUCAUUGCCAUUUGCGGACUAGGACAUUGCGAAUGGCGAUUUGGUGCCCCGGAAAGGCUACGGGGAAAUGCACAACCUUACAUUAUCGUCAGUAAGCCAAACGAUUCAGGAUUCUGGCCAGAGAAUACGGUUGAAAACACAGAACACGAUAGCAACUCCACUCCUUCUUCUCAUCAACAAAAAGGAGAAGAGUGGCAACGAAAGCAAGCCGACGCUAUUCUCUUGUACGACUGGGUAGAUUAAAGCUGUAUUUUUAGAGAUCUUAUGCAAUGUAU